UAUUUAUCCACAAGCCAUCAAAUAUAUGUCAGUUAGCUUCGUAAUCUAUUAUUUGACGAUGCUCGUGAUUUAUUUGGAAGCUAUUCUGAAGGAGCUUGCGACAAUUUACAAGAAAACUGAAAGAGAUCAACUGAGAAUUUUAAUGGCGUUGGAACAAGCUUACCGAAAACUGGAAGAUUUGGUGGAUUUACUGAUGAAAACUUUUAGAUUGGCAUUGACGAUGUACAUAAUUCAGGAUUCGUAUCACUUGUUUGCGGAUUUGUACUGGUUUAUCUUCAAAAUGAUCAAUUUGAAUGAAUUUCUCUACUGGCCAGCAUUUGUUCCGAAAGUUUUCAUCAAAUUUGUGCUUUUUUAUGGGGCGCAAUUGUGUAUUGAUAUGAAGAAAUUAGUGACGAUUCGAAUGUUACAAACAGGAUAUCUCGCUUCGCGGCAUUGUCAAAAAUUUCGAAAUAAGAUUGAACGAAUAGCCAUCGACACAAUGAUCGAUCAACCAUAUUUAACGUUGUGCGGGUACUUGAACAUCGAUGCGAGAGGAUUUUUGUUAAACAUGUCGACUUUAACACUUUACAUUUCAAUUUUCAUUCAAUUUAUUCCGAGUUGUGACGAUUGCAAGUUGUAUAUUAUGCGUGAAAAUGAAUAUGGAUCGUAUAAAAUUAGAUCUGGCAGAAAUUUUUGAGCUCAUGUCAGUAUCAUGGGCACUAAUAUUUGCAAGAAGGGUUAAUAAAAAUGUGCAAAUCAAACAAUUUUUAAUGAAAUUAGAGAAAAAUACUCGAUAAAUUGGUCACUCUGAGGGCAAUGAACGAAUUAAAUUAAGUUUUUUUGUUCAAAAUUGUCAAAUUUUUCAAGUAAAAAAAAAUUCUUGAAUAUUUCAAGUCAAAAUUCAAUAAAUUAUGUCAUCAAUGGUCAUUAAAUGCACAAAUUAUGGUUGACCUCUAACCCGUA